CACACACACCGAGAUUUAUUGCGUUACUGUGUGUGUGUGUGUGUGUGAUCUCAAACCGGAAAAGUAAUCGGUGUUGAAGAAAAGCUGAGUUAAACCUCCGCAGUGUGAGUGACAUCACACACACACACACACACACACUGUCACUCUCGCGGCGGUGGUGGUGAAAAGGAAACACGCAGCAGCAUGGAUGAGGAAUAUGAUGUGAUUGUUUUGGGAACCGGACUCACGGAGUGUAUCCUCUCUGGGAUCAUGUCCGUUAACGGGAAGAAGGUUCUGCACAUGGACCGGAACCAGUACUAUGGUGGUGAGAGUUCCUCCAUCACUCCACUGGAGGAGCUUUAUAAACAUUUCAGUUUCCAGGACACGCCUCCUGAGUCCAUGGGAAGAGGACGAGACUGGAACGUUGACCUCAUCCCCAAAUUCCUCAUGGCUAAUGGUCAGCUGGUGAAGAUGUUGCUGUACACAGAGGUCACUCGUUACCUGGACUUUAAAGUGAUCGAGGGCAGUUUUGUAUAUAAAGGAGGAAAAAUCUACAAGGUUCCAUCGACUGAGUCUGAGGCUCUGGCUUCCAAUCUAAUGGGAAUGUUCGAGAAGAGAAGGUUCCGUAAGUUCCUGGUUUUUGUGGCCAACUUUGAUGAGAACGACCCCAAGACCUUGGAGGGAGUGGACCCUAGGAGCACCACGAUGCGUGACGUGUACAAGAAGUUUGACCUGGGGCAGGACGUGAUCGACUUCACUGGCCAUGCCCUGGCGCUCUACAGGACGGACAAUUAUCUGGACCAGCCGUGUCUGGAGACUGUUAACCGCAUUAAACUGUACAGCGAGUCUCUGGCGCGUUACGGGAAGAGUCCGUACCUCUACCCGCUGUAUGGACUGGGAGAGCUGCCUCAGGGAUUCGCCAGAUUAAGCGCCAUCUACGGAGGAACCUACAUGCUGAACAAGCCUGUGGACCAGAUCGUUCUGGAGAACGGACGUGUGGUGGGCGUGAAGUCUGAGGGAGAGGUUGCUCGCUGUAAGCAGCUGAUCUGUGACCCAAGCUACGUUCAGGACCGAGUGCGUAAGGCAGGUCAGGUGAUCCGCGCCAUCUGCAUCCUCAGCCAUCCCAUAAAGAACACCAACGAUGCCAACUCCUGCCAGAUCAUCAUCCCACAGAACCAAGUGAACCGCAACUCGGAUAUUUAUGUGUGCAUGAUCUCCUACGCUCAUAAUGUGGCUGCGCAGGGUAAAUACAUCGCCAUCGCCAGCACCACCGUGGAGACGAGUAACCCCGAGGCUGAGAUCCAGCCUGCUCUCGAGCUGCUCGAGCCCAUUGACCAGAAGUUUGUGGCCAUCAGUGACCUGUACGAUCCAUCAGAUGAUGGAGCAGAGAGUCAGAUCUUCUGCUCUCGCUCAUACGACGCCACCACACACUUCGAGACCACCUGCAACGACAUCAAGGACAUCUACAAGCGCAUGACGGGGAGCGACUUCGACUUCGAGAACAUGAAGCGCAAACAGAACGAUGUGUUCGGGGAGGACGAGCAGUGAGGGCCAGGGGAGGGUGUGAGGAGGUGAACAGUCACACCAUAGGGGGUGGGGCAAAAGGAGGGGCUAAUCAGGGGGCAAUUAGCAGUCAUUACUGGGAAAUAUGAAGGAGUGAAAGACAGAGGCAGGAGAGUAGAGGAAGUUGUAGUUAGUGUCUAUGUGAAUAAUAUGACCUGAUUCACCUCCUGGAACACACACACACUUCUUGUCUUGUCUUCUCUUUAUUUUUAUCCCUGUCUGUCUUGUGUCCAGUAGUGAUAACGGUGUGGAGAAGAUAGAAGCGUUAUUGUCUGUGUGUGUGUGUGUGUGUUAGUAGGUUUGAUUUUUUGUUUUUCACUCUCCAUCUAAGCAUUAAUGUUAAUAAAAAGCUCAGACCGAAGGACAGACACUAACGUUACGUCUUACACUCUUAACACUUACAGUUCCAGAAUGUUAUAAAUGCAUUAUAAACACUUUGAGUCUUUAAAACCUUGUUGUUUGCAUGAAAUGCUAAAAGGUUUCUGUGUAUAAGAAUCAAUCCAUCACUGACUCUAAGCUUCUUCUACAAGAACGUCCACCUUCACAUUCUGGAAAUCACAACUCAUUCUCUCAUUCUCACAUUCUCUCAUUCUCACAUUCUCUCAUUCCCUCAUUCUCACAUUCUCUCAUUCCCUCAUUCUCACAUUCUCUCAUUCUCUCAUUCCCACAUUCUCUCAUUCCCUCAUUCUCACAUUCUCUCAUUCCCUCAUUCUCACAUUCUCUCAUUCCCUCAUUCUCACAUUCUCUCAUUCCCUCAUUCUCACAUUCUCUCAUUCCCUCAUUCUCACAUUCUCUCAUUCUCUCAUUCCCACAUUCUCUCAUUCCCUCAUUCCCUCAUUCUCACAUUCUCUCAUUCCCUCAUUCUCACAUUCUCUCAUUCCCUCAUUCUCACAUUCUCUCAUUCCCUCAUUCUCACAUUCUCUCAUUCUCUCAUUCCCACAUUCUCUCAUUCCCUCAUUCUCACAUUCUCUCAUUCCCUCAUUCUCACAUUCUCUCAUUCUCUCAUUCCCACAUUCUCUCAUUCCCUCAUUCUCACAUUCUCUCAUUCUCUCAUUCUCUCAUUCCCACAUUCUCUCAUUCCCACAUUCUCUCAUUCUCUCAUUCCCACAUUCUCUCAUUCCCUCAUUCCCACAUUCUCUCAUUCCCUCAUUCACACAUUCCCUCAUUCUCUUAUUCCCUCAUUCUCACAUUCCCUCAUUCUCUUAUUCUCUUAUUCUCUCAUUCUCACAUUCCUCAUUCCCACAUUCUCUCAUUCCCACAUUCUCUCAUUCUCACAUUCUCACAUUCCUCAUUCCCACAUUCUCUCAUUCCCACAUUCUCUCAUUCCCUCAUUCACACAGUCUCUCAUUCUCUCAUUCCCUCAUUCUCACAUUCUCUCAUUCCCUCAUUCCCUCAUUCCCACAUUCUCUCAUUCCAUCAUUCCCACAUUCUCUCAUUCCCUCAUUCCCACAUUCCCUCAUUCUCUCAUUCCCUCAUUCACACAUUCUCUCAUUCCCUCAUUCACACAUUCCCUCAUUCCCACAUUCUCUCAUUCCCUCAUUCUCACAUUCUCUCAUUCCCUCAUUCCCACAUUCCCUCAUUCUCUCAUUCCCUCAUUCACACAUUCUCUCAUUCCCACAUUCUCUCAUUCCCUCAUUCUCACAUUCUCUCAUUCCCUCAUUCCCUCAUUCCCACAUUCUCUCAUUCCAUCAUUCACACAUUCUCUCAUUCCCUCAUUCCCACAUUCUCUCAUUCCCUCAUUCACACAUUCUCUCAUUCCCUCAUUCUCUCAUUCUCACAUUCUCUCAUUCCCUCAUUCUCACAUUCCCUCAUUCACACAUUCCCUCAUUCCCACAUUCUCUCAUUCCCUCAUUCACACAUUCCCUCAUUCUCACAUUCUCACUUCUCUCAUUCUCACAUUCCUCAUUCCCUCAUUCCCACAUUCCCUCAUUCUCACAUUCCCUCAUUCUCACAUUCCUCAUUCCCUCAUUCCCACAUUCCCUCAUUCACACAUUCCCUCAUUCCCACAUUCCCUCAUUCUCACAUUCCCUCAUUCUGACAUUCCUCAUUCCCUCAUUCCCACAUUCCCUCAUUCUCACAUUCUCUCACUCACAUUCCCUCAUUUCCUCAUUCCCUCAUUCCCACGUUCCCUCAUUCCCACGUUCCCUCAUUUCCUCUUUCCCUCAUUCCCUCAUUCCCUCAUUCCCAUGUCAUAUCCUCCUUGUUGGUGUCAUGUGAGGAGCUGUCCUCAUGCACUUUACACCUUGCUGUUACAAAGAUUCCCAAAAUUCCCAGAAUGCAUUAUUCCUGUAAAUAGGAAAAAUGAUGUAUUCCAUUUCUAUCUGUCAGAAUAACACAAGCAGUAAAUUCUGCUGGAAUCCCAUCUAAAAUCUUAUAGAUGAUCAGAUCAGAGCAGACAAUAUGCACUGGGGCAGGAACAUCAGUCUGAGCUGAGAGAACACACACACACACACGUCUCUCUCAGCAGGUUUGAUUGAUUUCCUGUGAGACAGAGCAGAAACAGGAUGCAGUGUCAGGACGAUAAAGGAAACAGGAAGUGAGACAGGAAAGAGAAUGAGAUAAAGAGGAAGUGAUGAUAGGUGAUGGUGUACUUAUUGAGGAUCUGACUGGACGUGAUGAUGGUUGAUGUUCUGGACGUUGAGUUUAGUUUCUGCUGCAGUGUCUUAAAGCUACAGAAGGAAGCUGUUCAUCACUACACUAUUUACCGGUUUAUAAAGGGUUUAUAAGCAGGUAAUUAGUGUAGUGAUGAACAGCCGUAGAUGUAGUGAUGAACAGUUUCCUUCUGUAGCUCCUCCUUUUUUAAUCUCUUCCUUUAAGCCUUUAUUCAUCUUCAUUUCAGCCUGAACUGGUGAUAAAGGUGUGUGUGUUCAGCUGUGUAUGAUUCUCUCGUUCUCUACAUCACAUGGAUCAGUGAUUUAUUUCACGUCUCCUCUCGCAUUCAGACUGAAACGUGUAGAAAUCAGUGAAAUCUCUCCUUAAAUCUCACACACACACACACACACACACACACACAGCUCUUAGUUCUGUGUGUUAAGUGCAUGAUGUACUGGAGACUAAAUGUCCUCCUUCUCUCCUGAUGAGUUUUUCCUCAGAAACUCUGAGUUUUUAUUUAUUUAAUCUAAAGCUCUUGUCUCUGGAGUUGUGGUCAGUUUUUUGCUGUAGAAACACUCACAGAAACUGGACAGUGACACAGUGUCCAGUCUUUAACUGAUCUAAAGCCCUGGUGUGUGAACGUGUAGCUGAAGUCCAGUUUAACUCCAUCACUGAUUAUAAACCUGUAUCAGUUUUUUUCAUGUGGAACAAUAAAGACACGUGAAGGACUGAGA